CAAGUGUCUGAGAAAUGUCAUGAGACAGGAUGAACCGUAUACUAAGGCUUGAUGUUUUGUGUGCAUUCCGCAACGGGAAUGAUCAGUAUGUUAUAAACAACUAUUUAUGAUACAUUUCUCGUUACCAUCUUCUUGAACCCGUGAUGAAAGAGAUGGUCAGUCUUUUGCGGAAGCCAACAAAUCCAAUUUCAUCCUCGUCUGUGGAAGUCUCGCAUAGAUUCCAUAGGUUUUGGAUGGUGCUGACCGUUAACUAAUCUUUAUGUGCAUGGUUACGUGACCUUCCUCGUUUACCUUAGGUGAUAUGUGUUACACAGAUGUCAAAUAACUUCGUUCCGGUAUUACUACGAAGCUAGUCGUCCAAGUCGUCGAUCUGGCCGACCUCUCUGCUUUCUUGCCAGUAUUCAUGGUGUUUACACUGGAAUGAUUCCGUUCAGGAGGACACAGGCUGACGCUAGGAAGGUGACAUGACAUGUCUCGUUGUUGGCGUCCUCUGUGCCUGACACUCGAUAUAUUCCCCCUACCAAAAUAUGAACUGCCAAGACCGGACCAUAGCCACUGCAUCUGAUAUGGUCUUCACCAUUACAUAGCAAGCCCUCUCUCUCUCUCUCUCUCUCUCUCUUGCAUCCAACAUAGGAUAGUAGCAAACAAGCAGUCUUGCCUCGCGCAAUCGCCAAGAUGAAGGGGGGGAACACACCGCAUGCCGAAGCCGCAGCGCUGUCGCCAUGUGGCCGUCGCGCGGCGAUCCAAGACAUCAGUCGAGCGCAUGAACUCACGAGCCAACUGCAAGCUGUUCUCCUGCACUUGCCUGCUGGUAGCUGGUCGCAGCUGGGACAAGACAUGGCGAAGCAGAUACUGCAGCUCACCACCUCCGCUCUCUCCACCCUCCAAUUCUGCGGCUGUGGGGCAUCCGACGACGGCGGAACUGGCAAUUGUUCCGGCGAACUGAGCAAGAGCUCGGAGGGAAGGGAUGGGCCUCAUGGCCGUCGGACAAGGAGGAAGAACAAAACAUCGACCAAGGUUAAGACGACUGUGCCCUAUGAGGAUGGCUAUCAAUGGAGGAAGUAUGGGCAGAAAACUAUCAACGAUGCAAUGUAUCCGAGGUGCUACUACAAGUGCACUUACAGGGACGACCAAGGAUGCCCGGCGACGAAGACAGUGCAGCAACAGGAUAGCUAUGCCGACCCACCCACUUUCAUGGUGGAGUACAGCAUGAAACACACCUGCAAAACCCCCCAGACCAUCUUCCCCGUACUGAUGGUGGAAUCCUCUCCACAGAAAGCCUCCCUCCAUGGCAGCGAUUCCACCGGGUCAUCGGACUUGCAGGACCUGCACCUUUCUCCUCCCUCGUCGGUCGUCACCCAUAGCGAGAGCCACGACAAGUGCUCGUCAAGCAAUGAACAAGAACAGCCAUGUCAACACGAAGGCUUGAUCACAGUAAACACGCUUGACGAAUUGGAUAUGGAGUCGAUGGAUCUGUUCAUGAGAAACUUUGAUGGAUGGUUCUACGUUGAAUGAGGCCAGUCAACUUUAGACUUCCUACAUAUAUAUAUAUAUAUAU